AUGGCACCAGAGAUUUUUCAAGGAAAAAAAUAUAUUAAAGCUUCAGAUAUAUAUAGUUUUGGAAUGAUUAUGUGGGAGUUUAUGACAGGUAGAAGACCUUUUUGGGAUCAAAAUCAUGAUACAGAGCUUAUUAUUGAUAUAAGUGAUGAUAAAAGAUCAACAGCUACUGAUGUAUAUACUAGAAUUAAAAAAAUGUGUGAAAAUGAAAGGAAAAGUUAUGUUAAUAAAUAUCCAACUAAAAUUAUAGAAUCAUCAGAUAUUGGACCUAUAACAACAAAUAAUCCAGGUGCUAUUUAUAGAACUUUACAGAAACCCAUGAAAUCGUGGCUAUGUAGUAGCCAUGCUGCCGCCACUUAA